AUGGUCAGACUUCUACAUUCAAUUAAAGCUCACGAUGACAAAGUAUGGAGCGUGGCUUCACAUCCAACAUUACCAUUAUUAGCAACUGCUUCAACCGAUAAAUCCUCCAAAAUAUAUAGAUUAUCAAUAAAAUCAAAAUUCCCACAGAUAGCAAAUCUUGAAGAUACGCAUAGACGAUCUAUACGAACUGUUUCAUUCAAGCCUCCAAUAGGUGGGGUAGAUUAUAAACUGAAUAUAUUGGAUUUACCUGCUUUAGCUACGGGAUCUUUUGAUUCUACUAUAUCGAUUUGGGGAAUUGAUGAACCUGAUGAGAAUUAUGAUAUUGAGGAAAUUGUAGAGAAUCAGGCGGAAAUAUUGGCGAAUCCUUCAAACGAAUGGAAUUUAAUGGCAAUUAUUGAAGGUCAUGAGAAUGAAAUAAAAGCAGUUGAUUGGAAUUUUAGUGGACGAUAUUUAGCAAGUUGUUCAAGAGAUAAAACUGUAUGGAUAUGGGAAACUGAUCCAGAGACAUUGGAAGAAUUUGAAUGUAUUUCUGUAUUAAAUGAUCAUUCACAAGAUGUUAAAAAUGUUACUUGGCAUCCUACUUCAAAUUUAUUAGCUAGUUCUUCAUAUGAUGAUACUAUAAGAAUUUAUAAGCAAGAUUUUGAUGAUGAUGAUUGGUCAUGUAUUGGAAUAUUGGAUAGUCAUGAAGGUACUAUUUGGUGUUCAAAAUUUGAGAAUCCCAAAUCUCCAAACGCUAUAAAGGGUAAGACAAGAUUGGUUUCUGUUAGUGAUGAUUUGACUGCUCGAAUAUGGUAUUCAAAAGAUAAAAUAGAAGAAGAACAAAAAGAUAAUUCGGAACCGAAUCUACCAAGUUCAAUAAGACACACUACAGAAGUAGUUUGGGAACAAGAAUGUAUAUUACCAAAAGCUCAUGAUUUACCCAUAUAUUCAGUUGCUUGGUCUUCUAAAACUGGUAAAAUAGUGACUGCUGGAUCAGAUGGUAAAAUUGUUGUAUAUAAUGAAAUAAGUGAAUCAAAAUGGGAAAUAGAGAGUAUAACUGAAUUAUCACACGGAGUUCAUGAAAUAAAUAGCGUGAUUUGGUCAAUUUUAGAUAAUGGUAAAGAAGUCGUUAUAUCUGGAGGUGAUGACGGUAAUGUCAAUAUUUGGGACGUGGAAGAGGAAUAG